GCUGACUGACAGUAGAAAGAGGAUUUUCUGUCUGUCACUCAGUGAGAGGCUAAUCCCUAGCCAGUGUCCCCACCUCUCUGAUCCCAGCUCUGUUCUUCAGUCUGCUCUCACUCUGCAGAUUGAGCCUCUCCGGACUGAGCUGCAGGAAACACACAGGUCCUUCGCUGCCUCCACUCUUCAGACAAAACUCAGGUAAUAACCAAGACCACGGAAUCAUGGCAAACUCUUUCACCCGUAUAAUGUCUGGCCGUAACACGGCUGUGAUUUUGGCCAGCAUCGGUGCUGGCACACUGGCAUCUGGAUACGUCCUCAGUGACAACACUGCUGCUGUUGCUGCUGCUGAGAGGACAAGGCUCUAUCCACCCAGCGCUGAUUUCCCUGACCUGAGGAAGCACAACAACUGCAUGGCAGCAGCCCUGACCCCAACCAUUUAUGGACGCCUAAGAGACAAGACAACCCCCAACAACUGGACCCUGGACCAGUGCAUCCAGACCGGGGUGGACAACCCUGGACACCCCUUCAUCAAGACUGUGGGCAUGGUAGCUGGAGAUGAGGAGAGCUACGAGGUGUUUGCUGAGCUCUUUGACCCUGUUAUCAAGGAUAGACACAAUGGAUACGACCCUCGCACAAUGAAGCAUCCCACUGACCUGGAUGCUUCCAAGGUAACACCCACAGACCUCUUCACUAAUUUGUUCACUGCAUCCAUUACUUCCUGCAUCCACUCAGUGACCUUAUACUGUUUUUUUUAUCAGAUCACCUCAGGAAUGUUUGAUGAGCGCUAUGUGCUAUCAACUCGUGUCCGUACCGGUCGUAGCAUCCGUGGGCUGAGUCUUCCCCCUGCAUGCUCGCGCUCUGAGCGCCGUGAGGUGGAGCGUGUGGUUGUGACAGCUCUGGCUGGCCUGAAGGGAGACCUGAGUGGUCGCUACUACAGCCUGGGAGAGAUGUCUGACAGAGAGCAGAAACUGCUUAUUGAUGAGCACUUCCUGUUUGAUAAACCUGUGUCACCUCUGCUCACGGCAGCUGGGAUGGCCAGAGAUUGGCCUGAUGCUCGUGGUAUCUGGCACAACAACGAGAAGAACUUCUUAAUCUGGAUCAAUGAGGAGGACCACACAAGGAUCAUAUCCAUGGAGAAAGGAGGAAACAUGAAGAGAGUGUUUGAAAGGUUCUGCAGAGGUCUUAAACAGGUGGAGCAUCUAAUUCAGGAGAGAGGCUGGGAGUUCAUGUGGAAUGAGCGUCUGGGCUACAUCCUCACUUGCCCCUCUAACCUCGGCACUGGGCUCAGGGCUGGUGUGCAUAUCCGCCUGCCCAUCCUCAGCAGGGACCCUCGCUUUAAAAAGAUCCUGGAUAACCUGAGGCUACAGAAGAGAGGCACAGGAGGCGUCGACACGGCCGCUACUGGAGACACCGUGGACAUUUCUAACCUCGACCGUCUGGGCAAGUCAGAGGUCGAGCUGGUACAAUUAGUGACUGACGGCGUAAAUUACCUGAUUGAAUGUGAGAAGAGACUGGAGAGGGGGCAGGACAUCAAGAUCCCCUCCCCCAUCUCUCCAUUCAGGAAGUGAACGUCACCUCUGCUGGGAAUCCUGGAAUAGAGCAGGCGCUCCAACCGCUGGUUGUUAAACUGUUGGUCUUACAAGAUAUUCAUGGCAUGUAUACUGUAGCACUGUACUGACUAAACAUGCACAAUAAAUUCAUUACAUGUACACAAAUCCUA